UUUUAAAUCAUAUACACGUAUACACUCAUUUACUUAAGCGGCUACGAGAUAUAUCUUCCAGUCUAUGAUAGCGAAAAUUAUCUGCGUUUAAUUAGGGAAAAUUAGAAUGUUAUCCGAAGUUAUACCUCGUCUUUUUGUGCUGGAUAAACUGACCCGACCCGAAUUUUCGGGUACCCCACACCCCUAGUAUUUCUUGAUAUGGAAAAUUAAUCCCUUGCCUUAAAUUCAACGAGUUGAAUUUUCUAAUCCUAAUUUCUCUUUUCUAAUUUUAAUAAUUGUCUCCUCGUUACUCGCAAAAUUAUCUAUCGCGUGCAGCGGUAAAUCGUAACAAUAUCCAAGAAAACAAAGAAAUCGUAAGGCAAAGGGUUGAAGUUAGAUUGAUACGAGGUUUAGCCAACGAGUCGGAUUAUUAGCUGACUCGUACUACUUGCGUGUAAUGUAUUCAUGAAAGCGAAAGUGAAUGAAUUGAAUGAACGUACGAGAUACCACUUUCGUGACACGAAAUCGAUCAAGAAUCUUGAAUAAUUAAGCAUCGUUUUAUGAACGAGAACCUUUAUGUCGUCGUACGUUUACUUUUUUAUAAGAGAGAACGCUGUUGAACAAUGAACUCUGAAGGAGGAGAGAGAAUUGAACUAUUCCUCUGAUAUCAAAUAACCACUUUAUUAAACCUUAAAAACUUUGAAUUAAAAACAAUCCUCUAAAAUGAACCAUCUGACUAUUGGUUAUCAAUCUUUUUUUUUUAAUUUUUGCUUUUAAUCCAAAUUUAAUCCUCGAAGAACGAUUAAGCUGGGUGAAAAGUGAUCCAAUAUUAUUUGAAUGAAGGUUGAACAGGAGUCUUAUGGAACACCCUAAGUAAAUUCCCUAUAAUGCAUGGCGAUUGCCGUGUAAACAAUAUAUUAUGCAUUUUUAAAACGAUCAAUUUUAUAAUAAAUAGAAGAAAAGCAAGAGUCGAAAGAAAUGGAUAGGUGCAAUUUUCUAAUUAACUUGGAGAAAGUAACGCGCUGCCAGGAUCUUAAGGAUUCCUCAUCAAAUAUGAGAAAUUAUUUAAAAUAAUAAUAAUUAAGAAAUGAAAGUUUGGAAGCACUUGCCUUUAACUUGCCCCUUCCAAGUAGAAAAGAAACAGGACGACGUCGAUGUGUGGACAAAUCCAGCUGGGAAAGAUGAAACUGUGAGCCAAGAUGCAUGCGUUGUCCACUGCAAUGAAUACUCUGUACAGUUAACAUUCCGGGAACAAUGGCUGGAUGAACGACUACGUUUUGUUGAUACCACAGGUCGUCUGAAAUAUUUAACUUUAACGGAUGCGAGUCGCGUUUGGAUGCCAGAUUUGUUCUUUUCAAAUGAGAAAGAGGGUCAUUUUCAUAACAUUAUUAUGCCGAAUGUGUACAUUCGUAUUUUCCCAAAUGGUUCUGUUCUAUACAGUAUACGAAUAUCAUUGACGUUAUCGUGUCCUAUGAAUUUAAAAUUAUACCCCCUGGAUCGGCAAACAUGUUCCCUACGUAUGGCAAGUUAUGGUUGGACCACUGACGAUUUAGUUUUCAUUUGGAAAGAGGGAGACCCAGUACAAGUUGUUAAGAACUUACACCUACCUCGGUUCACAUUGGAAAAAUUUCUUACAGACUAUUGUAACAGCAAAACAAAUACUGGAGAGUACAGCUGUCUCAAAGUAGACUUGCUGUUCAAGAGGGAAUUCAGUUACUACCUUAUCCAAAUUUACAUCCCUUGCUGCAUGCUUGUCAUUGUAUCCUGGGUAUCGUUCUGGCUCGAUCAGAGUGCCGUACCAGCUCGAGUCUCGUUAGGUGUAACAACUCUGUUGACGAUGGCUACGCAGACGUCAGGAAUAAAUGCCUCACUGCCGCCAGUGUCUUAUACAAAGGCUAUCGAUGUUUGGACAGGCGUGUGCUUGACUUUCGUGUUCGGCGCUCUCCUCGAAUUUGCCCUAGUAAAUUAUGCGUCGCGGAGCGAUAUGCACAGCGAUAAUAUAGAGAAAAAAUAUCCACCGUCUGAAACGGAGCAAUCAUCGUCGAUCGAUCCAUCUUCUGAUCAAAUCGAACCAGAUAAUUCGUCGAAUUUUGCUAUGACCGGAUAUGAUGGACCACUUCAACAUUCUCUACAGAAACCUCUGGUCCGCCAGCCGGAGGAUACCAUGUCGGUGGAUAGGAUGCAGCACUGCGAAUUACAUAUGCAACCACGAAAAAAAAACUGCUGCAGGUCGUGGCUGUCCAAGUUCCCGACGAGGUCCAAGCGCAUCGACGUCAUCUCACGGAUCUUCUUCCCUAUCGUAUUCGCUAUAUUCAACCUCGCGUACUGGUCCACGUACCUGUUUCGGAAGGAGGAGGAGGACGAGUAAAUGUCGACGAGGAAGCGCUCGGAUCAUCAAGGAACGUGGCUCGCGGCCAUUCCCAUCAUACUCACACGAAACAUCGUACGCGUCCACGUCAACAACAGUACCAUUGUCGACAAUAUUAUCACUAUCACCAACAUCAACAUCAACAUCAGCAUCAACAUCAGGCAAAUCCGCAACAGACCGGUGUGCAACAACAUCCGCCGCAGCAACAACCACCACCGCCCCCGCCGGCGCAGCAUCAACCGUUACCAACGCGACGUCAUCACCAUCAUCGUUAUCGUGGCCGACACCCACAGCCGAGGUCGGCCUCGUUCUCGUCGUUGCACAACGCCGAGGGUAGCGGUCGAUAUUCCCCGAGAAGCUCUCAACACACCUGCAGACGCCCUGCGAGAUCCUCACCCUCGCCGUCACCCACGCCAUCGCCUUCGCCCACCACCUCUCGCAGAGCGACACCCUCGCCACCGGCGGUUGCCGCGCAACAAACCAUACCACCGCAAAACUUUCGCCGUUUUCAACGACCAUCGCUUCCACGUAUCGAGAGAUGCUGUUCAGCCGUUCUACCGAAUAAAUGGUUCAAUUGUCGUGCUAAGGGUACAGCGAGGAUCGAUUACGUAUCGCGUAUCGCUUUUCCCGCCACCUUUAUCCUAUUCAAUCUUGGAUAUUGGUCCACCUACUUGUUCCAAAGCGGUGAGAACAAGGAUAUGAACAAGUAGAACGUUUGUCUAUUUCCGUGCGACUGAAAUCAAUCCCUGAUCGAUCGUUCUCUGUAUCUUGGAUCAUUUUCUAACGUAUAUUGUAAGCGCAUCGCGUCUGUGUAAUUGAAUCGGUGGCUCGAGAAAGGGUACAAGUUUAAAAGAUACAUUUUUUCUGAGAUAUUUGGAUAAAUAGCUUUGGCUGUUGCAAUUUCAUUCGAACGAGCUACGGUUAAAUAUUUUGUUUAGGAAUUUUUUUCCGAUUCAAUUGCCAGAUGUGCGGAAAGGAAUGAAGGAUAGAUAGCGAUACAGGGAACAUCUUCGUUUAGUGCUUUCUAUGCUUGUUUAACCCUUGUACGGGCAAUCGAAUAUGAUUGAAGCUUUAAUGUUUCACAUCUUUUGCAUAAAUUCUUUAUUUUAAAAACGUGAGAACAAAGAAAAUUGUCAGAAAGAAGUAUAGAAGUGGGUACCAGGUUGCCCGUCCAAGGGUUAACACGUUGAAUGCCACGAACUUAAUACGGUCGAAUAAUUGAAAGAAGGAUUUUUAAUAACAUUAAUAUUAUAAUGGUAACGGAAAGUAGGGAAGGAAAAAUUUCAAUUGAGAAAAAUGUUAAAAUUUGUCGUGCUAUAGACAGUCAUUUCCUUAGUGGCAAUCAACGUGUUAACGAUUAACGAAAGAACAAAGUGUACUUGAACGGAAGGACUCUUCGAUAAUUCGUGCCUGAAGUUCGAUGACCAUAUAUUAAAAGACCAAGGAAAGCGCAACGAAAUAACAACGCUCGGUACGGUAGGAAGUAGUGUCGGCGAAUCUAUAAAUAUAUAUAUGUACGUAUGUAUACAUACAACAUUCGAAAACGGUGUAAGGGUUUUAAGUCUUAAUCGCGAACGUACACAUACAUUAAACACACGUUACACACACACACACACCCGCGUACACACCUGUAACAUAUUCGGAAGACCGCGUGCCACAGGAUAAAAAUCAAUGUAGUGGGCCCUGUAUAGCCACGGCCUGUUAACCAGAACUACGUGCGAAUAAAUUUAUAAAUAAUAUACUUAAUAUAAUUGACAAGUAAAUCGUUAAAUGAAACAAUGAUUCCUGUGUAUAAAAAAAAAAAUCCUCAGUCUAACAGAGUUAAAAAAUAAAAAAAGAACGAGUCAGUGUUAAACGUUCGUUCAGUGCGACGAUUAACAUUGACUCGUGAUAUAAAUAAAGAGAAACGGAGGUGACAUUCUCGAGGGGACAAUUAGUCGAUAUUAAGAGAAAUCGCAUUAUCACGAGACGUACAGUUUAGAUUAUUAAUUAAUAUCGAGCGAGCGGUAGUGAUAAACACGAAACGAGAAUUUACGUUACCCUCCCUUUUAUUGCGAGACCUCGUUUUAAAUCGGGAUCUCCUAAAGUAUUGCUCAUUGACCAGUCGAGACUGAGGAUAUUGUUCAAUGUGAAAUAUAUAGGUGGAAGGAAAACAGACAAAAAAAAAAAGAAAAAAGAAAAAAAAAUAUUAAAAAAUGGACUGAACGAGUGGAUCGAACGAAAGAACGAUUCACCGAAACGGAACAUAGAAACUAUUUCCAAACAAGUGUAUUUGCAAGUGUUGUCGAUACCCUUGAAAAAAGAAAAAAAAAGUGUGUUGCAAGUAAAAGCCGAGCUUACUCGCUCGUGAAAUUUACGUAAACUAAUUUGUGUAUCCAAAUUAGAGUUUUGAAACUUUUACAGUCAGAUUUAAAAAUUUACUUGGCGGGCAGAUUUCGCGCCAACGUGUUAGAGCGUCAAAGGCGCAUGCGCGAGGUUUGAACAUGUCACGUGCUCAGUCAGUGAAAUUUCUAUUGGCAAGUUAGUUUGUGAAAAUUUUAUGAGCAUGUAAACCCAGUUUAAAUACGAAAAGAUUUAAAAAAUAAAAGAAAACGAUUUAAUUUCUCCGUGCGUGCUCGUUUAGUUGUCGAUUAGGUUAUCGGUUGCGCGGACCCGCUGCAUACGAUGUAUCUGAAACGAAAAAAAAAAAGAAAAUCUUCCAUCGGGCGGGUGUACGACGUAUAUUUUAUAUUAGUAGGUCCAUUAAGGAUCAAAUCGUUCGAUUAUGUUUUUCGUUUCUUGCAUGCGAACAGUUUGUUUCUCGCGAGUAUUUGUACAAGCACAAAACAUAGAUUUCCUUUCGAUAAAGAAUCGUAGGUUAAGUUAUCGAACGAAUCCUUUGGCGUUUCUGUUUUACCGUUUGGUUGUUAAUCGCCAUAUCGAUUCGUCGUUAGUUCGAUACAUCGGUCGUAAGCUCUUAGUUGAAAGGGGACAGUGAGACAAGACGUAACGUACUUACACGAUAUUUAAAAUCGAAAGAAACAAUUAAGAGCGUUAUUGUGUGCAACUAUCGCGCAUUCGCAGAAAAAAAAGAAAAACUUUAUGCUAAUUUUAAACGUCGUUUAAUGCUGUUAUUGCGUUUGCUCGUUCUCGUUGAUUUUGUUCGUUAAUUAUAGUACAAUGUCGGAUCAGUAUAACGUCCUGCUCAAUAACGACUGACAAACCAAUUAUGCUGAUUAAUUGUAUAUACGUAUUCUUAUCGUGAAUAAUGAGGUAAACAAGCGCUGAAUGAAUUCCCGAAUUUUCAACCGAAAUUCGAUUUUAUCGAACACACCGUGCGACACGUGACCGCAGAUAUAAUAAUUGAUCAAGAGGAAAUGAUGAAAAAUCGUUGUAAACCCGAUUGGAUAGGGUAUCGUUGAUCGUCGAAAGUUAUCCAGACAGUGAUAUUAUACGUAGAAGUUGAGGAUAGAAAAAGCCGCAGGUUCAUUUUAAUCUUAAUCAUCGUUGAUCACUGUCUAGAAGAUAAUGGAGGGUGAACGAAUAUCACCGGGCCUGGAUCACGUAUAAAUAUGGUAAAUUAUUAUAUAAUCUGCGACAAUGCGUAUCACGUUCAUUCUUCGUAAUUCAAACCAGGCAAUCACGUUCUCAUGUUUUAUAUAAUUAUUGGUACAGGUACAGAAGGGUACCAUUUUCGGAUGGAAUCAUUCCAGGCGUGUUUUCAACGUGCAGGAACGUUCACAGGAUAUAAUAAUGACGAUGGAGCAUUGCGAAUGAUUUUUUUCAGGAUGGUAAAACAUUUUUUGGUAAUAUUGCAGUGAAUUGCAUUACUGUGGCUAUUUGUUGUUAAAAGGCACCUGGAGUGACUCUAACCUUAUCGUCGUCAUUUUUCAAAUUUCAACCGAAUAGAAAAAAAGAAAUCGAUGAAUCAAAGAUGACGGUUUUUCAUUUAAUUCGGGACUUUGGUAAUGCGAGCGAUCACCUUACGGAACGUACAUAUUAUUUUUCACGAUAUUAUCAAAAGAAACGAAGCGCGAUUUUGAAGUACCAAACAGUGAUUGGGGCAGAGGAUUAGUAAGUUUAUAGAAUUUCUUUUAUCGUCGCUCUAAUCGAGCGUUUAAUCAUUAUUUGAAUAUAUUUUAAUUUGUUGCAUUGUUGCAGGAAUGAAAUUAGAUAUAACAGAUUUAUUGAAAUGUUAAACAAAAUGAAAUUGAAGAAAGGAAAGGUUGGCAUUUUAGUAACUGGUUGAACUGAAUCAUUAAAUGAUCGAAAUUAUAAAGUUAAAAUAUAUUAAAUUUAAUAUAUGAAGCAUCCAGUGCUAAUUGGCAAGUAUAAGUAAAUUUUUAAUGUACAUUGGUGAAUAUCCAUUGUAUAUAUGAUACAAUAUAGUAACAUGAUUAAACUUGUUGCAGUAGUAACUUUAUUGAAAGAGAUUAUUCAAAGCAAUGGAAGAAAUCUGCACUGGAAAUAUUUCAUAAGAUUAUCAGAAUUAAUAGAACUAUGUCAUUGUUUGAAGCAUGGCACUGUUACAGCACAUAUCUAUGAUUUAUAGAUUCUUUUUCAAAAUGUAUAUCAUACUUGAUAUUAGAGGAGUCUGUAAAUUAUAUUAAACAUUUGGAUACACAUAAAAUAAUUACAGGUACAUUUAAUUUCCUUGCUACAGGUUGUAAUUGGUGAAUUUUAUUUCAAAUGCUUUUAAUUUUUAGAAUUCACGUUUCAUUUCAACUAUUCUAUCAAUGAGGGAUCUGUAAUAAAAGAUAUAAAGUCACGAAAUCAUUAUGGAGACAAAAGAGAAAUUAAGAAAUUGAACUGAAGUAAUGAAAUUGGAAAUAGAUAGAAAAAUCUGCCCUGUAACUUCAAAAUCGCAAUAUUACGAAAAGAGGUAAGGUAUUUUAAAUUUCAAGGUACACACCUAAAGAUCUAAUUUUUAUUGUUUUAGUGUGUUUACUAUGUAACAUUAUUAUAAGUACAAAACGUUUCUCUAUGUAGUUUAAGAUAUGUAAUAAAUUGAAACAAGAAAGGAAUAUAUCUAUCAGAGAAU